UCCAAUUCACAAGCUCCCCCACCAGAAAACAACAAUCCCCAAUUUCCUUCGUGCUCGCGGCGGCGGCGAUGUCGGGGCGCGGCAAGGGCGGCAAGGGGCUGGGCAAGGGCGGCGCCAAGCGCCACCGCAAGGUGCUCCGCGACAACAUCCAGGGGAUCACCAAGCCGGCGAUCCGGCGGCUGGCCCGGAGGGGCGGCGUGAAGCGCAUCUCGGGGCUCAUCUACGAGGAGACCCGCGGCGUGCUCAAGAUCUUCCUCGAGAACGUCAUCCGCGACGCCGUCACCUACACCGAGCACGCCAGGCGCAAGACCGUCACCGCCAUGGACGUCGUCUACGCGCUCAAGCGCCAGGGACGCACCCUCUACGGCUUCGGCGGCUAGGCCCUGGCUCCGGUGCGCCCCCGUCUGAGGCGCGGUUCCUGGAUUGGUGCCGUGUGUGGUUAGGGAUGAGGGUUCGUUGUCAAGGGAUUGGCUGUGUUGGCUUUCUGAAUGUAGUCUGUCUUUGUGCCGUGAAGAAAUGCGGACUGCCUAUAUUGUACGAGGAUUGAACAUGCCUGCAGCAAAGAAAUGGUCGAGUUUCAAAUGCUGUGCUUCUGACUGAAUCUUAUCCUGAAGAAAGUAACACGUUCAGUAAUCGGCAUGGCUUUCUGGAUGAA